UCACGCCACCCUUGGUGUCGUGUACACACGCACCCGUAACCUUCCCACCUCACUCUGCACUGUGCUGCCGUCGGAGCAGGACGGACCUUUCCAGGCCUCUGAAUAAUUGCAGCCCUGUCUGUGGAAGAACGAAGACUAUUUAAAGAAAGGUUUCGUUUCCUAGACAAGAAGAUUCACUCUGGUCUAACCAAAUCGACCUAGGCAUCGAAGGGUAUUUCAGACUUUUCCCUGACGGACUGUCGUAUCAACGCCAGUCAGAUACAGGUGGUUGUGGAUGACUAAGAACACUAAUAUGGUCAUUUCUAAGCAAUGUGUUCAAAUAAAGGAUAUGCAUUUGAUUAGCAUAGACCCUCGUGAAGUCUACGAUAAUUUGGAAUUUAAUGAAGAACAGGCAUAUCAUAGAGAAUUGAAGGCUUUACACGAGGAGUUAGUCAGAACCAUGAAAUUGACGUGUGAAGUCUUCAAAAACGACGGCAUUGAGAUACAACUCUGGCACAGAUACACGGGGAAGAUUGACAGGAUGGUGGAGGAAGCCUUCCGACUCAACAUCAAAUGGUCUCCCCAGAAACUGUCCAAGGCCAUCAACGGAGACGGGAAGUCCGCCCCUAACCCUGUGUUUAGGGUAAAAGUUUGUCUCCAAGGUGAUAAGGUAGAAUUCCAGCCAACACUUAAACAGCUGGCCAAUGGGAUAGGCAGUAUUGGAGGUCAGCUGACCAAGGCUGUGUCCGGCAUUGUCCGUCUUCCCAAUAUCCUCACCAGAAAACGCUCCACCAAAGAUCCAAUCCAUGAUGUGAUAUCGAGGGACGAGGCGACAAAGAAGAUCCAGACGGUUAUAAACACAGAAAUGCAGCCAAAUGCCGACAAUCUACAGAACUAUCUGAGUACGUGGGACAACUACGGCGAGAUUUGGGAGAUAAACAAGGACAUGUUUAUCAAACGCUACCAGAAAUUAACCCUCGGGUCUCUUCCUUUGAUGCCGACAUUGCCAGUUGAGACGGUUGUUUAAUAAUAAUUGAAAGACUUAGAUUCUUUCGUAAUGACAAUGUUAGGUGAAGUAUAGUAGUUUUGAACAGGGAAAUUGUACUGACCAUUGGUCAUUACAGUAUUUUUUUCAAAACGUUAUGGAAUACUAUUUAAUUCUGCUGAUCAACAGUACAUAAAAUUUGAGUUCACAUUAUUUCCUGUGUUUAAAGUUUAAAAUACACAAGUAAACUGGUGUGUUAAUAUAAAUAUAUUUGAAAUAUUGUAUGCUUUGA